CUCCAUCCAUCAAUCAGAGCUUGCAAUAUAAUUGCCAAUCCACCCAGACAUGCAUAUAUACAUGCUCAGAUCACACUCUUUUUGUUGCUGCCUAGCUAGCCCGCUAUCUUCUUUCCUGCGAGCAUUGCAUUGGCAAUUGAACAACCACCGGCAGGCUCCAACCCUUUCUACCUCCGCCAUCCAUCAUCAGUUUCUCCCAUCCCUGUCAAAGUCACCACAAAGCAAAAUGGGCUCGGAGACGGAGACGGUCACCGUGGAAGGCAUCCCGUUCCCGGCGGAGAUCACAUUCACCGCCGGCGGCAACCCUGCUGUGUCCCUCGUUGGUAACGGCAUCACGGACAUCGAGAUCCACUUCCUGCAGAUCAAGUACAACGCCAUCGGCAUCUACCUCCACAGCAACGACGUCCUGCUCGACCACCUGCACGGCUGGAAGGGCAAGUCGGCCGACGAGCUGCUCGGCGACGACUCCUUCUUCCAGGCCCUCGUCGCGGCUCCCGUGGAGAAGCUGUUCCGGGUCGUCGUCAUCAAGGAGAUCAAGGGCUCGCAGUACGGCGUGCAGCUCGAGAGCUCCGUGCGCGACCGCCUCGUCGCCGCCGACAAGUACGACGACGACGAGGAGGAGGCGCUCGAGAAGAUCACCGACUUCUUCCAGGCCAAGUACUUCAAGCCUGGCUCUGUCAUCACCUUCCACUUCCCGGCCACUUCAGCAGCUGGGGCUGUGGAGAUAUCGUUCGCGACGGAGGGCAAGGACGCGGCCAAGAUGAAGGUGGAGAACGAGAACGUGGCCAGGAUGAUCCAGAAGUGGUACCUCGGCGGCGACUCCGCGGUGUCUCCGACCACCGUCCGGAGCAUGGCAGAUCGUUUCGCGGCGCUGCUCUCCGCCGCCUCCUGAUCGAUCGAUUAGUAUAAUAUUGCUGCGGAUGCUAAUUACGUAAUAAUUUCCUAGCUUCCACCUGAAUUGAACUCGUUAUUAAUAAAUUAUUAUGUCCUAUCGAUCGUCU